AGGAGGACCAGAAACCAGCUGAGGAGCUGAGUGAACAUCUGUCCAACACUGAAUCAGCAGGAGAGGAAAUCCUGUCAUCCUGUUAUGACAUGAUAGGCAGCUUAAAAGCCCGGAUAGAGGAUAAGAAGAGGGAUGAACACCUGGACAUGACAGAGGAGAAGAAAGUGGGGAAGAAGUGUGACAGAAAAACAAAGAAACAUAAACACAAGAGCACAUCAGGAGAGCUCGGAGCUACAAAUGGUUUGUCUGAAGGCUAUGCUAGCAGAAGAGCGAAUGAGGAGAUCAGUUCAACAUCCUAUAGUGUACAACCUGAUGGACUCUCUAACCAGCACUGCCCAGUUUCCCAUCCUGCCUCAGCUGUAACAGCACCCAGUUUGCUCCACCUUCUGCAUUUCACCCCUGAGGAAUUAGCUGCUUCCCCAGGAAUCGAAGCGGAAACCUUUCCAGAAAUGGACUUCACAGAAAGUCUUCCAGAAUCACACUGCAGCCACAAGUCGAGUCCUCGCCGUGCUGAGAUAAAACUCGGUGCUUCUCCCCAGCCGACGCCAAGGCUUUCUAAAGAAGUCCCGUCAGAUCAUUACAGGAGAGGAAGUAAAAGCCCUGGAGAGGGUUCAGGAAAGUCACAUCACAAGCAGCCCGUUCCCUCACCAAGGAAGCCCAUGAAUCGCUCUCCUGAUGCUACAUAUUCAAGGACUCGUUCUGUCAGUGGAGUCGGGGCAGACUCCUUUAAAUGUAAACAGAAGAAUAAAGGUGGCGACAGAAAGCUGAAGACACCCAGAGGCAGGAGUCACGCUGCUGCAGUGGAUGAAUCCAGAAAAGCAUCUCUGAGUUACCACACGCCAGACUUCUCCAAAGUAGAACCCAAAGUCCACUUCCCCAAAGGUUCCUACAAACCCCCCAAGAGCAGACACUCUGUUACUAGAGAUUCCCUGUCGCCUGAGCCCCCGUUGGUGUUUAAAUCGCCGGCUGACAUUGUGAAGGAAGUCCUCCUGUACACCGAUGGAUCUCCUGCCUCGUCAGACUGCGACGGAUCACCAACCGCCGGCGCCACGAACUCUACCGUGCCUCUGGAUUUCAGGUCCAAGAGAAAUGCCACCACGCUGCUCGAACAGCUUCAGGAAGCCUACAACAGUCUGCUGACUAAGUACGCCGAGGCGGAGAACACCAUUGAUCGUCUGCGUCUGGAAGCCAAGGUGAACCUGUACUCAGAUCCUCCAAAGCCGGGUCACUCUGUGCAGGCAGGACUGAACCACGACGCCUCAAAGCUCAUAAAACUGGAUUUUCCUCAGGCUCAGAGAGCAGAGAUCAGCUCAUCUCUUCAUCCAAAUGGACACAACUCUCAUCAGGGAAGUUCAGCUGCCUGUCGGUCUCCCAGAAGUCCGGUUCCUCAGCUGGGACAGCAGCUCGCCAGUAUUCUCUUCAUUCAGACUGACAAGUUCCUCCAGCAGCUACAGACUUUCGAGCAUCUCCUGAAGAGCGAGAAACUCAAACCGUUUGAGCAAAUUGAGGGUCUUGCUCAACUCUCCGAGGGGCUCGACUCUUUAGAAAGAGGCUACCUGUUGGCAAGGGAUGAGCACAAAGUCCUGCAGCAGCGAGGCGUAGAAAUCAGCCCCUUUGACCCUGAACGGGAGCUGGAGGGGCUGAUCUUUCAGUGUGGGCUGAGAAUGGAUGAACUGAAGGAGCAGGUGGAGCAGAUGCGACGGCAGCAGCCGACCUGCGAGGCUCCAGCGACUCCACCUCCUCGACCCACCGCCUCAUCUACGUGUUCUACAGCAGGAGAAAUCCUGGUUCAUCCACAGAGCCCACCUGAGCCUUCGCCGGUUGAUCCUAGUGACGCAGCACGAGUGGAGGUGAGCUCAGCCAGCAAUGAGAGCGACGAAGACGAGGCAGAGCUGGACGAUGAAGAAACUCUGGACUCUCUCUACCUCAAACCUCCAAAUGGAAAACUCAGAUGUGUUGAACAAGACUUCCCCGUGACGGUUGAUCACUACCAAAGCUUCAAGGAGCUUCCCAAACGUCUAGAUCACAACCUGAGAGAAAGAGUUCCCCCAUCAGCUGCUUUAAAAACUGACAUGCAGCCUGAGGACAAGAGGGACGAGAGACUCGGUCAAGAAACCGAAAACAGCGACAUCUGGAAGACUCUCCCACUGAGUAAAUCCAAUUCAGACCAUCCAGACUCUCCUGCUGGAACCAGCAAACAGUGGAGCAGCAGGUCCAGUCCUCUUUCAUGCAGGGCCUCCAGCCAGUCCAGUAGAAGGAGGCUGGAGCUGAAGAAGUCCCACAGCAGCAGCCUGAGCAGCCUGGGAGAUGUUCCUGCAGCAGAGAGGAGGAGCUCUAAGGGUCUGACUGGGAACAGGAGGGCACUUUCUCAGGAUGGGAUCAUCUCUCCGGAGACUGACAGCGGGUUUGUUGGUUCAGACAGCAGCCGACUGACUCCUGCAGCAGCUGCCAGUCCUCUCCAGCAGAGGGCCUCAGAGAGCGGCGCUUCGGUGCCUCAGGAUGGGAACUCUGGAAGGCCUCAGACAGGCCCGGGCUCCACCACACCUCCAUCUACAUCACAUCGUCGAACAGCCGCAGAGCCCAGAGUCGACUCCCAGGACCAACAAGGAACCGGACCGGGACAGAGGAGACGCACCUUCUCCUGCUCUCCACAGAACUGGAUCAGUCAGAGGGAACGAAUGCCGGUGGACAGUGUGCUGGAGAGUGACGGCACUCACACUGGCUCUGAAGACACCGACGGCUACUACAGAUCCAUCGACUCCCUCCACAGCUCCAGCUCCUCCCCGGCUGCUCGGUAUCACCAUGGCAAUUCUCAGGCGGCAAAUUGCGAUGAUGCAAUCCAGACUCUGGAGGCUGAAAUUACCAAACUAAAAGAGAGACUGGAAAGCUGUCUGAGGAAUAAGAAACCUCUGAGCUCUGUGAAAGCAGCUCCAGAGAGCCCUGCACCUCAAGCCAGGUCUGUGGAGCAACAGAGGGAAGCCAGUGGUGGAAGAAGAGAAACACAAACGGUUGAUGAGGUAGAAGAUGAAUCUGUGCUGAGACGAACGACCAGAUCAACUUCUGCACAAAGACUAGAGCCACAACACGACAUCUUGAGAAGGUCAGAGCUGGACUCCUCCCCUCCUCAGCCUCAGGUGUCCAGAUGUACGCAAACAUCUGCAGCAGCAGACGACCGCCAUCGACGCACAACAUCAGUCCACAGCAGGAGAACACAAACCCGGCAGCAUCCUGUCGCAGCAGACGAACCUGACAGCAGGAGAAGUCGAGCUGCUGUUUGUCCUCAGUGUUUGUCGGGUCGCAGAGGACGAACUGAACGUCCAGCUGGUGGCAUCAGAGAGUCGACUCCUUCGUCCUCUCGCUGUCAUCACUGUCCUCUCUGUGGACGCCUCGAGCCCAACAGAUGCUCAGAACCAGACCGCCGCAGACACUCGGAGUCUCCCGACAGAACGACGAGCAGAAGAUACUUCACAGCUUCACCGGCGCUGCUGGAGUACCGGCCGGUCUGCCCACCACAAGUCCUGUUGAUCCCGUCGCCCCUCUAUGUGUCUCCGAACACCAGCACUGGAUCAGCGGUUGGAGGCAGGAGAAGACGCUCGCUGUCGGCCGACAGACAGCUCUCGGUGGACGGUUCCCUGAACAGAGCCAUCAGAGCAGCUCGAACCAUGAAGCACACCUCCAGAAACAUGGCUCGAUCUCUGGCCUCCGGGCUGCAGUACCAGGAGCUGCUCACUCAGUCCUGCAGCUACUAGACUCAACUCGACUUCACAGGCAGCUCAGACUGAAAUCACCAGUUCAGCUGCAGGAUGAGGCUGUUAGCAGGAGCCAACAGAACUGAAGGAAGGACCAAAGUGAAUAAAAGGCUAAAAAACUUCUCUUCGUACAUUUUUUUUUUGGUUCCUCUAUUUUGGGAAGGACUGUUGUUUACGGAUUUUUUAAAAAUGUUUUUAAAGGUAAAUUUUUAUUGUGUAUCUCAGGUAGUCAAACUUGAAUCGGCUGCAUAAUAUUCUUCUAAAACGAUGUUUAGGUGUGCAUUAACACAACGACUCAAACAACACAAUACUGUAGACAAACGUUUUCAUGUCCAUCAGCAGACGUGACGUUCAGCUGACCUGAUGUUGUCAUUGCUUAGCGCUCUAUUUCGAGCUAUUUAUUAAUAAUGUGACUUAUUUUCUAUUUGUAGAAAAUAACUUCAGUGUUACUUUAGUUGCUGUAGAAACGUUGAUGUUGUCACGGUGAGAUUUUAUGCUGUAAAUGAAACGCACUCGUUCUUGCAACUGUUGUGAUGAACUCGGCUUUGGAUGCUUGAACCUUGAGAUGCUGGAUAUCCUCAAACUUACUAUGUUGUUCAUGUCAUUUUAUAUUUGUAAAUUGUGAAGUUUUUUACAUUUUGUACAGUAUUUCAUAAGCUUGCAGGUGUGCUUUAUCCAAGUAGGACUCUGUUGUUACUGUUUACCUUCAUAUGGCUGAAAUGUUCACACAUCAGGACUGCAGAGAUGAAGACUUUUAGCAUCCAGUGUGAUUAAAAACAUACGACCGGCAACACAGAGGAAUAAAACUAUUUAAAAUACUG